UUAAUGUCUGUAAACAUUCAACAACGAUUUCUGUUUUGUUGUGACAAGACAACCUCAUGUGCCUGUUGCUUUGGAAUGAAAUAAUUAAUUCCAUAUAAUCUGUCUUUAGCAGUUUCUUGUAUGAAAGUGUAUAAUGUUUAAAAAUACAUUUCAAAGUGGAUUUCUAUCCAUUCUAUACAGCGUAGGGAGUAAACCGCUUCAGAUUUGGGAUAAAAAGGUUCGUAAUGGUCAUAUCAAAAGGAUCACUGAUAAUGACAUACAGUCAUUAGUUCUAGAAAUUGUUGGUAAUAAUGUCAGUACUGCUUUUAUAACUUGUCCAGCCGAUCCACGUAAAACAUUGGGAAUCAAAUUGCCAUUCUUAGUUUUGAUUGUAAAAAAUCUUAAAAAAUACUUCACUUUUGAAGUACAGGUUGUAGAUGACAAAAAUGUAAGAAGACGAUUUCGAGCUAGUAAUUAUCAAAGCACCACAAGAGUUAAACCCUUCAUAUGUACAAUGCCUUUACGUUUAGAUGAUGGGUGGAAUCAAAUACAGUUUAAUUUGGCUGAUUUCACAAGAAGAGCCUAUGGAACUAAUUAUGUUGAGACACUGAGAGUUCAAAUCCAUGCCAACUGCAGAGUCCGUAGGGUUUAUUUCUCUGACCGAUUGUAUUCCGAAGAUGAGCUGCCAGCUGAAUUUAAAUUGUACAUACCUGCACAUACCAGAGUGAAAGCAUCUGCAUGAUUUUCAUGAUUCUUAUCAACCAUUUUCAUAAUUCUGAAAUUUUGCACUGAAAAUUUUUUGUAAAUUCCAUGCCAUUUGUAAUUGUGUGAUUUAGUUUGUUGUCUUUUAAUAAUAAACCUUUGUUUUUAAGCUUCA